UUAAAAAUCUCAAACUUCCUCUCAAAUUUUAAUAGACUUAGCAAAAAUAUCUUAAAAAUUCUUCAGAAAAUAAAACCAAAAGUAUAACUCUAUGAUGUAAAUUUUAAGAUAUAGCAUCAAAUAAACUAAUGUUUAGAAAAAAUUGGAGUUCAUUUUUCUCUUGACUUUUAUGAAUUAAUAGUUAAAUCCACGAGACUUUUUUGAAAUAAUAGUUAAAUGCGCCAAUGUAUGUCAAUAAAAAAAUUUAAAUAUUAUUAAAAUAUGUUUAUUGAAACAAGACAAAGAUAACCCAAUGUAUAAACUAGCUGAAAAUAUGGUCUGCACUGAAAAUAAAAAAACUAAAAUUACGUACCCUAAAACAACUGAGUUAUGAAAAAUGUUCAUAAUAUUCUUAAACAUCCUCUGCCACCAAAUAUAGUCUCUUACUAAACUCUGUAAAUAUGUAAUUGUCCCCUAACUAUUUUAAUCAAUAUACUUUAUUUGGCAUUGUAAAAUAGCAAUUUACAAGAGAACUAAUAUAUGGCACAUAUAUUCCAGACUAGAGAUGACCCAAAAUGGCUAACCAAAAUCAGACCAACAGACCCCAUUAAACAAAAUACAGACAAACAAUAAAAAUUUCAGAUUUGAUUUUCCAGAGAGGAAUAUUUGAGAAAUUUAGUAGUAAGUGCAAACAGAAAUAAAUAAAUCAUUAAUGAAAUAAUUAAAAACUAAUCUUCCAAACAUAAACCGCAAACUGCAACAACCAUGGAUACAACAGCAUUAUGGAAUGUGUAAUAUAUAUUUUAGCAUUAACAACACUUCCAAAUCGUUUUAUAAACAAUACUGUAAAUAACAUAUACAUGUACAUAUUGUAUUUUUUAUAACCAGAAAUUAAAUAAUUUAAAAUUUCACAUACUUUAACAUCCUGAUAUAAAUGAAUUGUGUACCUUCAUUUCAGUUUCAAGCCGCACAGCAGACAAUCUACAUCAUGGAAACACCAGAAAUCAGGAAAAACCCAACAGAUGCUAAAGAAUAUGCUGUUACAAAUGUUCUAUCAACCACCACAGCAUUCAACACAAGACACGAACUCUACCUAACCAUCAAACAUCUCGAAAAAAUCAAAAAGUCAACUGGGAAAUGCCUACUCAUAAGAGGUUUUAGUCAAAGAGAUGAUCAUUCCAUAAGGAUAACUGACACCACCAUUGUCAUGGAUACUGCUAUGGAAAAGAGUAUCUCAACUGAAAUCAUCAAAAAACAUAUUGAACCGGACAUAUUAUCAAUUGCUGAAAUCAAGACAAAGCAAAAAGGAGACAGAGUUUCUGUCAAAGGCCAUGUAGACAAAAUUACCAACGUCUUGGAGACAAAAACAUCGAAAAGGAGAAUCAUCACAUUAUCUGACCAAACAGGAUCCCUUGACAUCAAAAUGUGGGGCUCUCACGUCAACAAACUUACCAACCAAUACGAUGAUGUAACUAUCAUAUGCCUAACAGUGGAUCUGUACAUGGGAAGAGUUUCACUAAACUCAAAUACAUCCACAACACUGCAGGUCAUGCAACAAGAGCAAUCAAUUCAUGGCAAAAUUGAAGCAGCCUCCUUUGAAAGAAAUCAAAUGUCAAUAAUGAUCAAUGACAUCAUCUAUAACUUGACUGAAGAGUUGAUGAAGAGAAUUUUCCCAGAAAUGAACUUCAUCGACAAUAUGAGAGUGUCAAUCAAUGUCAAAGGAAACUCCAUUGUUCAAAUCAAUAUGGUUACAGCAGAAAAUGACUGGGAGCUACAGCUAGAACAACACGAAUGAAAACUACAAGGAACAUUUCAACUGUACCAAACAUAACUGUAUUACAUUUGACAAAAUAAUGUCAAUUAUUUAUGCCUUGUGCUUCCUAACUAGACCUGGUUUUAAGUUUGACUUGCAGGAACAAGAUUUGUUUUCUAUAUUUUCCUUUUUAAGUUUUACAUCUGAAGCUUCUGUUUUAAAUUAGACCAAACCAUUAACAAGUAUGGUUUGACUCAAAACCAAGUUUGGUUUUAGAGAUUUUGUUAUCCCUGGAUGUAUAAUAGGAUAUAGAAGUGAUUAAACAAAAGGAAUCAAAGUUGGACAAAACCAUGGAAUUUGACUGUAAAAAUCAGAGAAUUUUUACAAUAUUUUAUCUUCACAUUAUUAACCAAAAAAUGACAAUAUCAAUUGGGUAAAUAUAAAAAACUCAUAUAACAACCAUUUGUUUCGUAGAUUUAUGAUAUCUCAAAUUUACCACUUCAAAUUAACCAUACUGUUUUUGACAAUAGAAUGUCAAUACCUGAUUUCUUGUGCUUUCCUAUUAGACUCAAUUUAGCAUAAGCUUUGACUAAAGCAAAAAAAUUUAGUUUGUAGUUUUUCUCAUUUCGUCGAAAGUUUUGUUUAAAGUAAGACAAACAAAGUUAUUAAAUGUAAAUAUUUUAUUACAAUUUCCAUCGUUUGUAGAUUUUAGAUUUAUAUUUUUAUGUUUCUAAACUGAGAUACAUUUUACCAUCUCUUCUAAUCCACAAAAAAGACUUCCAUUUUGCAGUUAAAAAAUUCCAGUUUGAUCCUGAUUAUAGAUUUUAUACAACUUUUCAUAUCCACAAAAUAUGCAUUUUAAAAAAAAUCAAAAAUUGCUUUACUUCAUUUGCUUAUCUGUACAGACACUAAAGUUUCUGGGAAAAAACCCAUUUUUCCCCAUAUAUUUAGAAAUUCCAUAAUAUAGAAGGAAAAACAAGUCUAUAUUAUUAUAAUGUUCUAACAUUCAAAUUGCCUACCAUAGACUAACUGCAACUGUAUAUCGCAUGUCUUUCCCUUUUUUAAUUUUUUUCCGUCCAAUUCUGCUUAUAUUAUAAACACAUUAUACAACGAAAAAAUUGUUUACAUUUUACAAAACCUCAUUUACCAAUUGUAAACUGCUUGUAAAUAAAAACGAACGUUCAUUUUGUAAUGUGUUCAUGUGUAUUUGGAUACUAAUUUAUAUCAUGAUCUCUAUCUACAUAUUAUGAAAUGCAACAUAUCUUUAAUGACAGUAAACUUGGGUAGAACGGGAUAAUAUCGACCACCGGUCAAUUUCGACCACAUUACAAAAACUCAACACAAGGAUUCAUGGAAGUGUUUAAAAAACGUAUGAUGUUUCCGGAAUUACAACAACUCAGACCCCAAACUUGUUUUGCAUUUAAAUUAUUUGAUCAGAAUAAUAGUUUUCUUAUUUAAAAUUCCCGUUUUUAGGACGCUUGCUUUCACGUCGGCAAAUACAAGAGAGGCAACUCGUGCCACAUUGUUGACAUUUCAUAACUUGUAUCAAAAUUCAAAAGUACGUAUCAAAUUAAAACUGUUCUAAUUUCUAUGUGCAUGACUUUAUGUUACAGAUUUUAACUUUUUAUCAGUCGAUUUCCCUUAAAAUGCACACCUUUUACCCGCAGAAGUUUGGUCGAAAUUGACCCGCAUGGUAUUUAAUGACGCGCAUCAAUUUCGACCACUUGUAGCCACAAAUACAUCAGACAUCCUUGGUUUUCCUCGUAUCAUACGUCAUUUAUGGUCCGAAUAUAAAUAAUUUAACUUGAAUUAAAAGCUGCAGGUUUUCCCCAUGCUUAUUAUUUUGAAAGAAAAUUAAAGAGUUUGCUUAAAAACAUACAGAGAAGAGGAUAUUGAUCACAGUAUCAGUGGGGGUACUAUUAUCGUGCCAACACCAACUGGAACUUUGGCUUUAAUUAAAAGAAAACUCGGAUUUUUUGUUGUUGGAACAAAAUAAAAAUAUAUUCUGAUAUGGAUUUAAUUUAUAUUACAAUGAAUUCGCACCUAACAUAUUAAUCAUGAGAUAAAAUCAUGCAUUGAAAACUGAUUAAUACAUAGUUAA